AUGGAGUUUGAGACGGAAAAGUGUUGCGAUAUCAUGCUCAUUGACGGUAUUGCUCCUGCUCCUUACAAUUUGUAUAAUUAUCAAGGUUUUAUGCAGCCAAUGUUCCAAUUUGCUAACAGCAGCACAGUCACGUUCAAUUUCACCUCCGAUGGACUUGUUGGUGGAUCGGGCUUUAGUGGAUCCGUCUACAAUAUUGAUUGCUUUUGCAAUUUUACUUUGCUACAACUAACUGAAGAAAACCCUUACAAGGAAAUCUUUUCGCCUGGAUUUCUUGAUGGGGCUCCAACGUAUUGUCCCAACUUGAACUGCUUCUGGAUUGUGCAAUUCUCGACUGAUUAUGAACUCGUGUCCAACAUGUCGGUUCUGAACCUCCGUUCAGUUGAUACGCCACAAGAUCUGCUGACAGUGACAGACAAUUUCGGGCGGAUUCUCGUCCAAAAGAACGUGAUGUCGUACGGAGACGUCUCCGAGGCGAUCACAACAUCUGGACAGCUCUCGUUCAAUCUGGUCACAUCACCGGUUACAGCAUUUCCUCCCUCACUAGUGGCAUCAGGAUUUCUGGUUCAACUGACUCUCGUUAAAAAAAAUUUCCAUAGAAAAGCCAUCGUUUUGACGGAUGAAAACUUUAUGGUCGAUAUAUCAACGGAAUUUUUUGCUGAAGGACUCAACAUGACAUAUGAGUAUCUAAUAACAGCGCGUCCAAAUCGAAAGGCAAGUGAAACUGUUGCUGUAUAUUUCUUCACGGCUACUUAUGGGACGGUGAAUUUGGACGUGUAUGACGGACCCGAUGCCAGCGCCGACACCAUCUAUACAAGAGUGAGUCCGGACUCUUAUCCGCUACACCGCGAGACCACAUUGCUUCGGCUUGGCUCUCGCUAUGUCAGGCUGCCAGUCAGUUUGAUGGUGGCUGAAGUCCACUUCGGCUUAACCGAGCUGUCCGAUGGACCGGCGGGCAAUUCGGCUCAGCAGGACCGAUCCACACUCCCUCAAAUGGAGGGGUGUGGGCUCGGUCCUGCUGAGCGUAUAUCAUCCUAG